AUGACUACUCCAAAGCGACCGCAGAGUGCUACAGGCGACACUCCAUCCACGUCGCAAUAUCACUCGGCAUACAAUGGUUACGUGGCUGAUCAGGGACGCUUCAUGCACUUUAUCCGCUCGCCUGAUCAGUCACAUCUCGAAUUUGGUUAUUGGUGCUUCUCCACGACCCAGGACGAGGCUCGCGCCUUUGGGCGUGGUUACCAUACGCCGGAGGAAAUUCUGAUAGCCGCCGACAGUGGCGAGGGCGAGUUCGCCGACAUCAAUAUGCUCUGGAUACCAGGCCGUGUCGACAGAGUUUUGAAGUCCCAGAUCUGUGGAAGCGCAAAGCAACACACUCGUGCAAUCUACGACAUGAGGGUCUUCUUAGGGAAGUCGCUGUCGUUCAGAGGCUGUGCGCCUACUUAUCCCAUGGACCAGAGACUCGAGGACUAUUGGGCCAGCAGGCGCAUUCCAGCGUCGGUACUGACAGAUCCUCCUGUGCUGCAGUCGACCAACAGACCUCCACCACCUAUUCAGAUAACGCGCCUGCCGUCACCGGCCAUCGGGCCAAACACCGGACCGCAACGGACGUAUAUCGACAAUCCACGAACACAAAGUGUCUACGGAAACACUUUCUUCAGUCCUGUGUCGAAUGGGACAAUCAGCUCGAGAAUGCGAAGCCCAGUAUAUGUUCCAGUCACGCGUGCUGGUACACCAUCUAGUUCAUCACCAGCUGCUGCGCCCCCAUCACAAGUCUCACCCACUACAUUUGCGCAGACAUAUCAAUCCAAUGACCGAGCGGCAUUUGGUGGUCAUGGAGCGCAGGCCAUGAGCAGUCCAAACGCCGCAGCAGCUCAUCCUCAAAACACUGCUCACCAAGUUCAAUAUCCGACAGGCGAUACGAACUAUCACAAUGGGCCUACUCAUAAUGUAACAUACCUCCAAGCACCUCCUCCGCGCCGUCGACCUCCGUACAGUUUGCAGUCUCCAUACCUUGUUCCAGGGUUGCUACCAAAGCCUUUUCACAACGCAUCAAGCCCAGUUCAGAUGCAGAGCCCAUAUGCAGCUCAGCAAAAUGUUCAAUUUGCUAACACAACUCAGGCUGGCGCUCCGUCGGUCGUCCAGCGCCAGACAGCAUAUAGGUCGCAGCCCUACAACUCAACCCCGUACGGAGCACCGGCAGCGCAGUCCGCUCCUUGUCCCCCUGUCCCAUACAAUGAAAGGAAACCGCUUCGUACACCACAGUCAUAUGGUGUUCAGGAUCUUCCAGGAUCGCAUCCCCGGCCAAUCGCCCAACACAAUACUCCUGGAGCUAACAGCACACUAUAUUCGAACUUCGAGCUUCCAACCAUGCACCAAACUGGCCCUAUGCCGCAGCAAUUACCAAGUUCUGCUACAAUUACUGAUCCACGCCUAGUAGGACAUGACCAGAAUCCUGGUUCAGCGGCAGCUCCGAUAGACUUUUCUUUCGAAGACGAUGAGCCAAUAACGGUCGCACCAGACGAGGUCGUGGUAGAUGAAGGUACCACGACUGCAGCAGGCGUCACCACUGCAGUUCGCCAGCCUGCGCCCAUUAGUGAACAGAUUGAGCCGGAAACUCGGCAGAUCAAGUCGCUGCAACGUCAAUUGCUAACAGACGGCAAUGAUGAGGGAAGAUUUAAGAGGCCAGAAACUUCGGAUAAUCGCCAGGAUUCACUCACAACGACAUCAGACCAGUUACCUACGCCUGACGCUGUGCUUGAGAUGCCAUGUAUGGAUUGUGGUGAGGAAGUCGAGAAGGGCCACAAAGCAGGCUGUCACCUGGGUGAGAACUCAAAUACAUUCAUCGCCAACCCGAUGCAAGCUAAUGAAGUGACAGAUAUUGCUCCAAUGAAGCUUACUGUACUCGAUCACCGCGUGCUUGCUGACUGCGUCGAGCGCUUUGAUCCUGGUCCGUGGACCACUCACCAAGGACCUCCAGCAGAGCCAGAGCUAGAAACCCCCGAAGAUCAAAUACGGGGAAUGGCAGACAUCAUCAGGAACGAAGAUACGUACAAGAGCGAUGCUGAGUUAUGCCUCCUGCCUGACGAUCUCAUGAUUCUGGCAUGGGCGAUGAAGACUGCCCCCAACAUCGAGGUUAUUUGCGAGUAG